AUGGGUCUUUCGAGUUUUCCUAGCCCAGCUGAAGGUAUGCUACCUUUACUGGUAAAGAACACAGUUAUUUCAGUGGCUUUAGUAAAGAAUUUGCUGAGAUCUUUGCUGCAAUUGGUGGGUGCUAAUGGUGGCGGCGGUGGAGCGGAGCAAGAUUUCGACGAAGAAGCUUCAAGAACCCGAAGAGGGUCGAUAACCCGGUAUAAUUCUUUAUGCAGAAAUAGAUGUGGUGGCGUAAGGCGGCGCUGCCGUGAUGAUGGUGGUUGCUCUGGCAGUGGCGGCGCGGGUGGCAAUAUGUGGCCUACAAUGGAGUGUUGUGUGUGUCUAUGUAGAUUUGAAGGUGAUGAGGAAGUGAUUGAGCUUUGUUGUAAGCAUUUCUUCCAUAAAGGAUGUUUGGAGAAGUGGUUUCAUAAUCAACACACUACUUGUCCUCUUUGUAGAUCCACCGUGUAA